AUGGGCCAGCAACAAUCAGGUGGUGGACGUCGUGGAGACAACGAUCGUGGCGGCGGUGAUGCUGACAAGGAAAAGAAGAAAAAGUACGAAGCUCCGAUCCCAUCGAGAAUCGGCCGUAGGAAGAAGGCAAGCAAGGGACCUGAUGCAGCCAACAAAUUGCCCACGGUAACCCCGCAUGCUCGAUGCCGGCUGAAGACGCUAAAAAUGGAGCGAAUCAAAGAUUAUCUGUUGAUGGAGCAAGAAUUCAUCCAAAAUCAGGAGCGCCUCAAGCCACAAGAAGAGCGCCAAGAGGAAGAACGUACAAAGGUAGACGAGCUUCGUGGAACGCCAAUGGCCGUCGGGUCGCUUGAGGAGAUUAUUGAUGAUCAGCAUGCUAUCGUGUCGACGAACGUUGGUAGCGAGCACUACGUAAACAUCAUGUCUUUUGUGGACAAGGAGCAACUCGAACCGGGCUGUUCGGUGCUUCUCAAUCAUAAAACGCACGCGGUCGUCGGUGUGCUUUCUGAUGAUACCGAUCCGAUGGUCUCGGUGAUGAAACUUGAGAAAGCCCCGCAGGAAACUUAUGCCGAUGUUGGAGGACUCGAUCAGCAAAUCCAAGAGAUCAAGGAGGCCGUCGAACUGCCAUUGACCCACCCCGAGUACUAUGAGGAGAUGGGAAUUAAACCACCAAAGGGUGUGAUUCUCUAUGGAAGUCCUGGAACGGGUAAAACUCUGUUGGCAAAGGCGGUCGCUAAUCAGACUUCGGCUACAUUUUUGCGUAUUGUUGGAUCUGAACUGAUCCAGAAGUACCUGGGAGAUGGUCCAAAGAUGGUUCGCGAGUUGUUCCGUGUGGCCGAAGAGCAUGCUCCAUCGAUCGUGUUCAUCGAUGAGAUCGAUGCGGUUGGCACAAAGCGCUACGAUUCGAAUUCGGGUGGAGAGCGGGAGAUUCAACGCACUAUGCUCGAGUUGCUCAAUCAAUUGGACGGAUUCGAUUCGCGUGGAGAUGUCAAGGUGCUGAUGGCUACGAAUCGCAUCGAAUCUCUUGAUCCGGCUCUCAUUCGCCCUGGACGUAUCGAUCGCAAAAUUGAGUUCCCGCUUCCCGAUGAGAAGACCAAAAGACGCAUCUUCCAAAUCCACACUUCUCGCAUGACUUUGUGCAACGAUGUGAACCUCGAGGAGUUUAUAACUGCUAAAGACGAACUAUCUGGAGCUGAUAUUAAGGCAAUGUGCACCGAGGCGGGUCUGUUGGCGCUUCGUGAACGCCGGAUGCGCGUGACGAUGGACGACUUUCAGAAAGCCAAAGAGAACGUGCUCUACCGAAAGAAAGAAGGUGCUCCAGAGGCACUCUAUCUC